AUGGAUAUUGGUGUUCCGAGUGUUAGGAAUUUGCUCAGGAUUAAGCGGGAGAGGACGUUGUUGUGGCUUACGAUUGGGAUUACGAGUAUCCCACUCCAUUUGCUGUAUAAUUCUGCAGUAUAUAAUUCGAUAGCGGCGAACGAUUUCGUAAUAACUCUCGUGACCAGCAACUACUUUGAACAAGCGGCCCAUUCGAAUAUGACAGAGGCGUUUUCCCUGUACUACCAAGAGUUAUACAACACCCCCAAUCGCACACGAAUGAUGAGGGAUGGAGAGGUUGAGCUGUUCAGCAGGGUGCUCGAGGGAUACAAUACCAGCCCCGAUGGUUAUGAAGACUUGACACCUCGUGACUGCGCAAAACUCUAUAACACCGACUUUAUGUCUAGCCACAGGAAUCUAUUCCUGAUCACCAAGAAUCGUUCCAAUUCUACGCACAAUAACACCCUCCUAAAUAUUAACCUUGUCCCCGUCGAUGGCAUAUCGCCAAGUAGUUGGAUGUGCGAUUACGACAUGGCCCCUCCGGGCGGAAGUUACCGUCGGCUAGGUCACACGUGCAACCCCAACGACCUAGUCUCAAGUGUGACUAACGGGGCUCCGUGGCGGUUACUGCUCCCAACGGGUGGCGAGGUGGAGAUAAGUGGAUGCAAGAGCGAGAAGACAUCCAAGCCAGAGAAGUGCAAGGUGCAGUUUUCCCUAGGAAUAACGAUCGCCGUUACCUGCUGCAAUUUGGUUAAGGCUGCUAGUAUGAUUGUGGCGAUGGUUAGAUCUCAAGGGCCGACUCUGGUUACGUUGGGUGAUGCUGUGGACUCCUUUUUGAGAAUCCCGGACUCGACGACAAGAGGGAUACGCUUUGCCAAUCGGCAGUUUAUAAGGAGGGAGUGGGGGCGCGGGAGGACAGGGCCAAGGCAAUGGAAGCAAGAAGGGGUGCAGAGGUGGCGGACUAGCGUUAGUAAGACGAGGUGGAUAACUUGUAACUUCCUCUGUUCAAUAGCUAUCAUUGUCACCGGGGUGUUACUUCGAAUGGGGAUCGUUCAUAGCGGGAAGUACCUGAGCACCGACAUUAAAUCAAUGUGGACUAGAGGCUUUGGGAAAGCAAACGCUGCCUCGUUACUCACCAUCCACUUCGGAAACAUAACCCAGGCAAUUCUCCUGGCUAACCUUCCACAAACAAUCCUCUCAUUCCUCUAUUUAACCCAUAACUCCCUCUUCACCUGCAUGCUCUCGGGCCAUGAAUGGUCCCUCUUCAGUCACCACCACCGCACCCUCCGCGUUACAUCCCCGAUCCCAGGCCAGCGCUCCACAUACUGGCUUCAAAUACCUUACACCUACGCCAUACCUCUGAUGGCCAUGAGCGGCCUGCUCCACUGGCUAAUCUCGCAGUCAAUAUUCUUUGCGAGAAUCGAGGUAUCGGACCCACUCGGGAGGGAGACUCCAGUAACAGCAAGUACCGUGGGGUACUCCUGCAUUGCCAUCAUUUUCGUCCUCAUGCUGGGGAUUCUUGCCCUGCUGACUGCGGCCGGGAUGGGGCAUAGGCAGUUUGCCGCGGAGGCUACUAUUGUUGGGAACUGCUCCGCGGCGAUUUCUGCGGCAUGUCAUUCAUGGGAGCACUCAGAUGUGAUUAUAGGAAAGAAGGCACGCUGGGGGGAUGUGGGAAUUGUAUCGAAUCUGGGGUGAGGCAUUUGACGUUUUCUAGUGGGGAAGGGGUUGGGAAGCCGGUUUUUGGAGCGGCUUACGCUGGGGAGGAGGGAGGAGGGGAGUGACCUUUUACAUCUAAGUUUUUGGAUAAAGGUUUCUCUCCCUUAUUUUACCAUUGGGAAAAAUAGAGUCUGGAAGGUUGGAAUUAUAUAUAUUUAGAUUGAGAUAUUAAAUGCAUGGGGGGGUUUUAUCGUAUACUGCUCCUGUGAACGAUAUAUGAUAGACUGGGUGUGGGCGACGGUCCAUAGAUAUAUGGCAGUUGCAAAAGACAAAAUCUAUGAUUCACA